AUGGUACUAAAACUGUUGCAACUUCGUCAGACCCGACCACACCGCAUCCUGAUUAACCUAUGUGUGGCACUACUGGCGACUCUCAUCAUCUUCCUGGCAGGCAUCGAUGCAACCAGUUCUCCCGCCGGUUGCACUGCCGUGGCAUUUCUCCUGCACUACUUCCUUUUGGCUGUAUUUCUGUGGAUGGCAGUUGAAGCCUUCAACAUGUACCUGGCCUUCGUGAAAGUCUUGGGCACAUAUGUGUCUAGAUUCUUCCUAAAGGCAGCCAUCUUAGCAUGGGGUCUUCCCUUGGUCAUUGCCAUUAUUACAUUGCUUGCGGACGUCCCCAGCAACUAUUCCGAAGGACAACAGACCUACAGGAGCAACAGAUUUUGCUGGCUGCAGGGUAACCAGCUGUACUUUGGGUUCCUGUUGCCUGCUGGACUGGUACUACUUUUUAACACCGUCGUGUACAUCAUGGUUAUCAGGAAACUGGUCAGUAGGGGCAGAGCUAAAGGGGAAGCUGCUGAUCCAAGGAAAUAUGCGAUCAAGCAACAGCUUCGCAUAGCCAUCACUGUCAUGGUGCUGGUCGGACUUACCUGGAUUUUUGGAUUCAUAACGAUUAGGUGA